AUUUUUUAUAUAAAUCAACAAAAAACAAUAAUUUAUGCUCUAAAGCAUAAGAUUAAUUGAAAAAAACUAAAGAAAUUACAUUAGUAACUAGUGUUCAAAUAGAAAAAGAAAACAAAAGUUAAAAUGGAAACAGAAAACGGAGAGGGUCAAGUACAAGUACAUUUUAAAACAAAACAGGAACAAUAUGCCGUACCCGAUGUACCUUAUUCAAUAGAUGCCACCAUUACCACCACUGAAUUGAAUAGUUUCAUUAAUACACUAUUGCAACAUGCUUCUUUAGAUGAUGACAAACGUAAUGUGGAAUUUGAUUUCUUAGUAUUCGACGAGUAUCUAAGAGGACGUCUUUGUGAUCAUUUAAAAGAGAAGGCUAUAUCAUUUGAAGAUGCCAUAGAAUUGGAAUAUGUGGAGCGAUUCCCCGCACCCGAACCCCAAGAAUGUCUUUUACAUGAUGAUUGGGUUUCAGCGGUAAAAACUUGCGGCAAAUGGAUAUUGACUGGCUGUUAUGAUAACACCAUUAACAUAUGGACUAUUAAGGGUAAACAUGUUUUAACUAUACCCGGUCAUACUAUGCCCGUUAAAGCAGUAGCCUGGGUUUCUUUGGAUGAUGAACGUGGUAAAUUUGUUAGUUGUUCGCAAGAUCAGACAGCCAUGUUGUGGGAUUGGAAGAUUGAAUCGAAUUCAGUGGAAUGUGUAUCGGUUUGUAAGGGUCAUGAGAGAGGAAUAGAUGGUGUUGAUGUUAGUCCGAAUAAGCAGAAAUUUGCCACUGGUUCUUGGGAUACUAUGUUGAAAAUAUGGUCAUCGGAUAUUAAUGAAGCGGGUGAAGGUACCUCGAAAAGAGCAAGACCCGAUGGUGGUUCAACAAGGACUCCCCAAAUGACACUGCAGGGACAUCGUGAAUGCAUUUCUGCUGUACAAUGGAUGGAUGAUUAUACUCUGCUAACUAGCAGUUGGGAUCACACAAUGAAAGUAUGGGAUUUAAAUAUGGAAGGUAUUAAAACGGAAAUAUCAACCAACAAGUCUAUAUUUGAUGCCAGUUAUUCAACAAUAAGUAAACUCAUAGUAACAGCAUCGGCAGACAAGAAUAUAAGACUUUAUGAUCCCAGAACAAAUCAGGGUUCCGUAGUACGCAACACCUAUUUGGGUCAUCAACAAUGGGUACAAACUGUUAUGUGGUCAAAUACUGAGGAAUAUUUAUUCGUUUCGGGUUCUUAUGAUAAUCAAAAUAAACUAUGGGAUUGUCGCAGUCCCAAGGCUCCUUUAUAUGAUUUAAUAGGUCAUGGCGAUAAAGUAUUAGAUAUUGAUUGGUCUAAUCCUAAAUACAUUGUUUCUGGUGGUGCUGAUAAUACGGUACGUGUCUAUAAGUCACGUAAAGCCUUAGCCUCGAAUGAUAACAGCAUGGAUACCAAAUAAACAAUUUAAUAGUUUUAUAUCUAUAGAAAUUUAUAUGUGUACAAUAUUUUCCAGGAAAAUAUUUCUCCCUUCGUGACUAAAUUUAAAUAUACAAAAAGAAAAUGUUUGUUUUUUAUGACAAAAUAAAGGAAAAUGUGUAUAA